AUGCUGCACGAGCAGCUGCGCGUUCGUAAUCCUGAUUCAAACUGUGACGUCGCACUGCUGGGCGAGGCACACCGGAACCGUAAUUAUGCAGCUAUGGCGGGGAAUAACCUCGAGACUCUGUCGCCGCGAGUGCGAGAGAAGUUCCCCGUGCUGGUGUUCAUCCACGGCGAGUCGUACGAAUGGAACUCGGGCAAUCCGUACGACGGCACCACGCUCGCCAGCUUCGGCCGCAUCAUCGUCAUCACGCUCAACUUCCGGCUCGGCAUCCUCGGUUUCCUGCGCCCGGAGUUCGGUCCGGACUCAGCGAGCAACCUGGGGCUGCUGGACCAGAUAGCGGCGCUGCAGUGGAUCAAGGACAACAUCGCCGCCUUCGACGGCGACCCCACUAACGUGACACUCAUGGGCCACGACACAGGCGCCGCCUGCGUCAACCUGCUGCUCGUCUCGCCCAUCACGGAGCAAGGGCUGUUCCAGCGCGCCAUUCUGAUGAGCGGCUCCGCGCUGUCCGACUGGGCGCUGACGGCGAACCCGCGGCCGGUGACGAUCCAGGUGGCGGACGCGCUCAACUGCCCCACGCAGAACGAGCUGCUGGCCUGCCUGCGCCGCCAGAGCCUCCAGGACCUGAUGGACGUCCAGGUGAAGGCGGCGCCCUUCGUCUCGCCCUUCGCGCCCGUCGUCGACGGCACCUCCGUCCCCAACGACCCCGAGCAGAUCAUGGGCGUCUACCAUAGCCUCUUCAGCAGGUACGACCUGAUGUACGGCGUGACGCAGAUCGAGAGCUACCAGCUGUUCGGCAAAGAGGCACUGGUGUACGGCAUCCUGGAAAAGGUGUGCCUUGAAACGCUGAAAGAUUACAUGCAGGCGAGGUUUCAGAUCCGGACGGAGCUGGCGGUUGGCGAGGCACAGGCGCUGUACAGCCGCGGCGACUGGGACGCGCCGCUGGACGCCGAGGACCACCGCGACGCGCUGCUGCACAUGCUGACCGACGCCCGCGUCGUGGCGCCCGUCGUGCGCACCGGCGACUACCACUCCAGGGUCAACGACCGUUCCUACUUCUACGUCUUCACCCACCGCACCGUCUACGGCGACUACUCCAACUCCAAGCCGCAAGGUAGCAUUAGCGGCGAGGAACUGGCGUACGUGUUCGGUGCGCCCGUGGAGGGGAGCCGCCACCAGCACCCGCACAUCUUCACGCCUUCCGAGAGGAUCCUCUCCGAGAACGUCAUGACGCUGUGGACCAACUUCGCCAAGACUGGGAAUCCAAACGAGCCUCACCCUGUGACGAGCAACGAACCUGUAAUGUGGCCCAAGUACGACCGUGAAGGUCAAAGGUUUCUUCAGAUAGACGAGCGGCUGUCGGUGGGCAAGCAGUACCGGCGGCGCUACACGGACUUCUGGAACCGCGUGCUCCCCGAGAAGCUGAACAAGUCGUCGCGCGAGAGCUUCCCCAACACUAUGUCGCCGUACGGGCCGGCGCGCGCCCCGCACCCCGACGUGCAGCGCACGCGGCCCUUCGACCCGCACUACAACUUCGAAAAGCCCUUCGGCGCCUCCUCCGGCAACAGAUGGGCGACGCCGCAGCCGCCUGGGGGCGGCGUGCCGUACGGCGAGCGUUCCAUCAACGACCCGCCGGACCACAGGGGCGCCAACGUCAGCGCCGCGGACAAGCCGCACGCCGCAGGCGACGGAGGCGGCAGCGGCGACGAGUUGGUUGGCGAGGGGGAGGGGACGGCGUCGCCGGGCGCGCUCGCCGGCUCCUCGUCCGUGGCGCUCACGGUCGUCAUCCUGAUCGGCGUCUGCUUCCUGCUGGUCAACAUGUGCGCGUUCGCGGCGCUCUACUACCAGCGCGACAAGCUGCGCGUCCAGCAGCAGCUGAUGCGCCAGCGCUACGAGGACGUGACGGCGCUCGCCACCUCCGACGAGGACGACGGCGCCGAGCGCUACGUCCACAAGAAGGCCGACGCCGCCAGGCCCGCCACGUCCGCCGCCGCUGCCGCCGUCGCCGCGCGUGUCGCCACCGUCGACCGGCGACUCCGCAGGAAGAAGGAGCUCAUUGGCGCGGACGACGACUACGAAGCCAUCCGCAGUGCCGGCCGCACGGUGGAAGGAGCAGUGGCCGUCGCGGCGCCAGAGGCCGCGCUGCCCGCGGAGGACCUGCCGCUGGCGGGGGCGCCCGGCGCGGGGGCGGUGGCGCGGCGCAGCGCCUGGGGGGCGGCGCGCCAGUACAGCGGCAGCACCAUGGACCCGCACACCAAGGUGCGCGAGUGGAUCGCGCAGGAGAUCGUCCAGCGCUACUCGCCGCGCUUCCUCCGGCGCGCCAAGAAGACCGAAUCGCACGUGCCGGUGCUGCAGUCGUCGCAGAGCAUCCAGACGUCCUUCGACCAGGUGUCAACGUCCACGGCGACGCCGAGGCAGCUCAAGCGUCAGCACGCCAUAGAGACGGCAGAGGUGGCUGUCUCAGCUACACCCGCCGACGUGUCCGGCCACGGUUCCCACAGGUCAAGGCCGAAGAAAAUUUCCGUCGCCAUUGAUGCCACUCCGUCUGGAAGAGGCUCGAGCGUAGAGCACUCUAUGAGCAAAUCGAUGGACGAGCUCGGGACCUGCGUGUCAACGUCCAUGUUAACCCUCAAGAAACCCGCUCUCAAGCGGUCGCUGACCAUGGCGGAGGACCUAGCUGUUGUGUCCACUUCUAUUUCGCCGAGAAGCUCGUCUUCUGGGGAGCUGUUGAGCAGGAGCACUGCCAACAUCAGCCUGAAGUACACCCUUCCCAAUCAGCAGGCCCAAAAUCUCGAUGUCGUCAGAGUGGCACACGCUCAUUCCAGAUCAGAUCCAGCGGCCAAUUCCAACCCACACGUGCCGUCACAACUGUCAGGUUCUAUGAAGAGUGGACAUUCUCAGCCAACAGAACUUCAUGCUGUAAAUAUCUCCUUAGAUCCUCACACAGCGCCAUCGGUGAUCUACGUCCCUGGCGGAAAGAAGCAGCAAUUGCAGACGUUCCCAGCAGGGAUUCAGCUUAGGUCUAAGGCCCUGCCAAAGAAAGAUGUUGCAAUUACUGCAUCGCCCAUUCCCGUAGACGUCAAUGUGACGUCCAGAGAUAGCAAUGAAGAAGAAACAGUCCAUGCGGGUGAUCCUCUGUCAAAUAUUCAGAAGAGAAAAUUUCCAAAAGUGCUGCCAGACUUCCCACAAGACGCUCCUGCCAAUGAGGUCGAGAUGACGGCAGCCCAGGCGACUAACUUUAAGAGGAGGUCGCUUCCACCCAAUUCCCUCUUCAUGGCGUUGCCAGUCUCAGAAGUACCUGGCUCUCAGUCACCUUCUGUUGCCUCAUCAGCAGCUCCUUCCAAAGACAUUCCAGGAAAGUCGAGUCUCACAAAGGUGCCGCCACCGCCACCGCCUAGGAUAUCCUCGACUCUGGGCCGAAAGCCCGCCAACACGGCUCCCAUCACACCACUUCCCACCAUUCCAGCUGGAGCUGUGCCGGUGCACACUAGUUCCGAAAAGAAGACCCAGACAGCUGCGGAGGUUCCUGCCGCAGCUACAACUUCUGCACCGUCCCAUUACCAGAGGAUCGAGCCGAGGGUCAUCAUCAAGCCGACCAUCACCAGUCCGCAGACGAAGAAGGCUCAGGUAGCCCGCGGUCUGCAGAGCAUACCUCGCGUCACACCUAGCGAUCCAGUGACGCAUCCCGCAGCCGGACCACCGUCGCCGCGCUCGCCGGUGCAGGUGGAUAAACAACCUCAGCUUAGACCAGCGGAUCCGUAUGCGCUUCCUGUGGCCAGGCAGCUUCCGACAGUUGCCACUGUCCACCAAGCUCCGAGUAGUCCUCAACAGCCUCUACAGAGCCUUCCAGUUGUUCAAGAGGAGGUUAAUCACCAGCAGCAGCAGUCGGCUGUAGCUUUCGUCGCGCCCCAGCAGAAAGUCCAAGCGAAGCAGACAGCGGCGGGAAAACAGGCACCGUCCUCUCCGGGCAAAAAGCGCCUGCAGCCCGUUCUCAAAGUUGUCGCGGAGACGUCGACGGACCCCUUCGAGGACACUGACUCCAGUACCGGCACGGUAAAACGCGUGAAGCGCCCCGCAGCGAAAGCCGCCCAAGGGCAGACUCAGACGCAGCGGAAACCAGCGACCGAGGCAGCGCAGCACGCGAGUCCGAAAUCGACGCAGAAGGCUGCGCAACAGACGAAGCAGCAGACCGCUGCGCAGCAGACGACGCAGCCGGCGGCACAGCAGGUGUCGCCGCAAACCAGACCGGCGGCGGCUACGGCCAGCGCCACGACGAGCACCUCGGAACUGAGUUCGCCCUUAACCGAGGGCCGCGCUCACCCGCCGAAGAAGUGGUACAAGCAGUACCAGCACUCUUUCGUUUCCAAAUCGGAGGACGACCAGAAGACAUAAUAUUCGCGCGAGCAGUAUUCGUAUUUCCAGAGAGCUUAUUAUGCUUUUGUACAAAACAAAAACUUUUUUGCUUAAUUUUUCUUUUGUAAUUUCACUUUUUUUUUUCAUCGUCUCUGCGCUCCUACUUUGAGAGGCGCUGUUUCAGAGGCGUAUCGAGACACUUGGGCACGUCCUGUAUUCCGUCUGUUGUACAAAACUCGAAGUAUUAUUAUUACUACCUGUCCGUAUUGCUGAGAAGUUUAUUACAAGUUCCUUCCGCUGUAGACACUAACGUUGAUGAUGCUGUUUUUUUUUAUAUUGUUGUCAUUUGCGCAUCGGAGCUGAAGCAUGCGGCAGACAGAAACUGUCUCCUCACCUUUCCUUUACACGCUGUUAACAGUAGAUUAGUAGUAACUUCUGACCACAUUAAGCACGUGUAGUCAUCUCCUCAAUGUUUCCAUAAGAUGUUGUAACAGCACAUUUAACUCUCGCAUGUAAGAGAAAGAACGCGAAUAAAAUAAUACUUUAAAUGUUAAGAGUAAAUACGGUUUAACACUUUUGUAUCGCUCUCUGUUUACCAUGAACGCAAAAGAUUUACUACGCUGUGACCUUAGCAGAGCUGAGUAUUGAUGCUGUCAGUGAAAUAAAAUGUUUGUCACCCCUAACACACCGCCCAAUUUUUGGUAUAUGUUAAAGUGUGCACCAAUUGUUAUGCAAUAUAUAGGGUGUAACUAAAUCCCCUUACAGAUUUUGAGGUUAGGUUCCUUACACCAAAAGAAGAAAAAAUAUCUAGUACCAUAAUCUAAAAUAUCUAGUACCAUGAGAGCUCUGAGCACUUGUUCGUGUUUGAUACUGUGAAACAACUCUUCUGCUGAAAGCUCUUUGCUUUCUAUAUUUUGGAAGGAGGUAGUAUGGACCAAUAUGAGAAAAAAAGUGUACAAAUAUGGCCUCUAAAAUGCGUACCUCAGGAGAUACGCGCACUUGACAUAAAACUUUUCUUAGUAUCGUACCGCGUUAUAAUGUAAAAACAAAGAAAAAGAAAAAAAUUAUGCUGGAGAAGCCAAUGUUUCAGUCACAGCUACAUUUACCUUCUUCCGAGUCUACUGAUGUUUUUUAUCUGUGUGGAAUCGCUUAUAUUUAGCCAUUGUUGUUGACUGCGCAUAACUUUACGUCAUAACUUUGAAAGGUCGUUGUUGUGAUUGGUCACUUGAGGCGGACGGAGCGGAAACUUUAUUUAAAUAGGUUGCUACGGUGCAGGAAGUGGGAAUCGGCUGUUGUGUAUCGCUUCUUGCAUUGUUUGCUACGAUUGGUGCUCAUCGGUAAAUGAGGUGUGCGCUCCUGUUUUCCACUUGCUGGAUGCAGGCCGCGUGGCUGCGGCUACUCGCCUGUAGACCUCGCGUCACUUGUUGAUUGUGCCGUCUGUUCGACUCUGAGGAUUGGCAGCCAGGAUGGGACAAGCCUGUAUCCAGCCUCUCUGUUCUUCUUAUGAGAUUUGAUUAUUUCUGUGGCUUCUCUGAUGUUGCGUUUCGAAAAGAUCUGCUGCCUAGCCAGUAUGCGGGUUUCUUGCCGCAGUUUAUGGUUUAUGGUAUUCGGCCACUGCAGGCAUGCUGUGCUGUCCCAGACGAAUGUAGCGCUCAUGUUUCCGUACGCGCGUUGCCAUGGCCUGCCGGCGUCACCGAUGUAUACUUCUCCACACUGAACUUCUCUACACCGACAUUCCACCUAGUACGCACCAGAAGUGUGUAAAGUUUCUGUCUUGUCCUUCGUGGAGCCUAGCAUAUUUUGGAUCUUAGAACUGCUGUUGUAGACAGGCAGGACGCCAACCCCACGAACAAUUUUACCAAUACAGUCAGUGACAUUUUUCACGUAAGGUAAGCACGCUGCUGGCUGCAGUUUGUCGGUUUCUUACCUAUCUCACUUUCUUUUGUUUGUUGCCAUGGCUAUUUGGAUCGAUUUGUGAUUGUAGCCACUGACCACAAACGUUGUACACAGAUUUUUAAGCUCUUGUGUUAGGUUUCGAGCACCGCUUAGGCGCUGCGCAUGGACGGCCAACGGGGGGAUACCUGAGUUGUUCUGCAUUGGGUGGUGGUUUGAUUGUGUGUGCUAAUACCUGUCCAUAUGUGUAGGCUUCCUGUAUGCUCUGUGUCCCACUGUGGCGCAUGUUGCAGAAAAGUUCGUUUCCCUAGCAGAGCUCUUUUACAUUAUGACGUGGUACGAUACUCAACAAACUUUUUAUUUCAACUGAUUCUGACCGAGGAAUCCUAUGCAAUUACACCUAAGAGCACUUGUUCAGUUGCAGAGAUAUGUUUCACUGUAGCAGGAAUGAGGAAGUGCUUAUGAUAGCUCUUAAAGGGAACAUUCAGACCCCAUGUUUACUCGACAUUUUUUUUCUUGUUUUGGUCCAUAGUACCUCCUCCCAAACUGUGAAAGGCAAAGAGCUUGCAGUAGAAGAGAUGUGUUUCAAUGUAUAGAAGAUGAACAAGUGAACAUAGGUCUUGAGGUAUGCAUUUUAGAGCCCAAGUUAACUAGACACCUUUUUCUUGUUUUGAUGUAAGAAACCUGUCCUCAACGUAUAUAAGGGGAAUUUAUUUACACCCUGUAUUUUGGAGUGAAACACAUUUUUACAAGGCAAAGCAGCAGUUUUGAUGCAAUGUUAAUAGGAACUGCGUAUGUCUCGUAGUAUUAUCCUGAAGAAGUGUUAAAUGCUGAUUCAUUCAUCGGGAUGAAUUUACACUUGUUGCUUGCGUUCAGAUGUGCAACGGGUUUCGUUCUGAAGGGGGAACACGCUUCAUAAACAUACAUCAUAUUCUCAAUGGUUUCAUAAUUCCUAUUGCUGGGGUCUUGGAGUUGUAGAGAGGACUUAGUAGAUAAAGUUUUGGUAAGGGAACAAUAACCGGAAUUGUACCUUUUGGGUAUGAAAGUAGUUUGUAGAUAAAAUCUCUUUACAAUCUUCUGGUUCCCAGCACGCACACGAGGGAGACAAUGAUCUCUCAGCCGUAUACUCUGCAGGAAACCAUGGCGUAGACAUUGUUUCGAGUACCAGUCCCAUGUUUCUCGUCUUCAUCACGACGCACGUCCUCUGUGAAGUCGAGAGUGUGACGUACCAGUUUCUCGCAGGCGCUGUUGUAGUCAGACGAAAGUAGUGUAAUUACAAGAGGCACUAAGGACGGAACCCUCUUUUCAGAUUAUGUGCAUACCGUGAAGCGGGAGAUUUGAAAGAGUUUUGAUCUUCAAACUCGCUUUAGACCUAGACGGUACAUUUCCGAACAUGUCUCCCUUGCCAAAAUUCUAUCUACCAAGGCCCCUCCACAACACCUAGAAGUGUGAAACAGGAGUUAUCAAACAAAUGAGGAAGAAUCACCACAAACAUUAAUCUAAUGUAGAAGAUCAAGGAGCUGCCAUAGCAAUGGUCGACAGUUACAAAAAAAUAUCUCCACUCCGAAUCCACUGAGAGGAGGGAAAAUAAGGUCCAGUUUCAUUUACCAUUGCCCUUUCCCACACUAUUUUCGCUCCCAUUAACUGUUGACAGUAAAAUUAGAUACGCCACAGACUACGUUCCCUUGGUGUCUGCUUGCAAUACGACAUAGUCACGCUCGGCCUAAACCUGCCUAAAGAUAAAUUUCUAUGUAUAAUUGCUGCUCAUGUUUACUGGAGUCGCUGUGCAACGCAAGCUGUAUUAUCGAGAUAUCAGUUUUAUUUGGAAGUGAAACGUAAUUUGUAAAGAAAUUAACUCUUAAAUAACUACCUCAUUUUCCAGAAACUAUUUUCUAGUUUUGUAAUCAUAUGAAAGUUAAUUAUUUAUAGACACGUUUAUUCAAAUGUGAAAACUGAAAUUGUAAUCUCUACAG